UUGUGUGACAGCCAGCUAGGACAGUCUUCAUUCAGUUUCAGUGCUGUAUCUCGAAAGGAGUUCGUCUCAGAUGUCCGUCACAAAAUAUUUACAAACAAAGUGAGUGACAUCUGUCUUCAAAGAAUGGACCAUCAGAUUGACGACCCAAAGCUUGCUUUUGCUUACCUCCGUCCAGCCUGUGUGCUCCUAACUCGUGAGCCCACGGUGGGCAAUGUGGAAACCCUGAGCACACAGCUGAGGCAUGUAAAUCAUGGAACUCUGCAGCAGCUGCAGGACUAUGUCCUUUUUCCUCUCCGCUUCAUCCUGAAAAUCCCUGGCCCCAAGGAUGGCUUGAUCCAGGCUGUGGCCGAGGCCAUGGGAUAUGUCCUGGAGAACACCUGUGUACGGAGCUGGGAGACGCUGAGGGACCUUCUCUCAGAGCUCUGCCUCUGCCUCUGCUCCCCCACGGACCCAGGGAAGCCAGCACCUACCUCAGAGGAGCUGAGAGCUGCAGUACUGAGGUGCCUGGAUGCUCUGCUCCAUGCAGCCUAUGGUGACGUGGUCUUCAAGCUGUUUGAGCCCAUCAUGCUGCCUGGCCUUGGGGCUGCUAUCUCCCUGCUGCUGGCACUGGGAGAGCAGGAGAAGUCCCGCACCGUGCAGGCUGCUGCUCUGAAAUGCCUGCAGGCCCUGACUCUCCAGUGUGACUGUUCUAUGGACCAUGUGUUGGUGGGUCAGAAGGAGAGGCGUAUCCUAGGCAGUACCAUGGCUUCUUUCUUACCUGGGAUCACCAUCGCUGUGAGCCGUGUGAUCACUGGCGAUAUGAGACAUGGACAUGCUGUCACAGUUAGGGCCAUUAAGGUGUGGUUCAAGACAGUGGGAUUGGUGAUGGCUGACGACCAGCUUCAGAACACAGGGACUGGGGAGAGACAGCUGUGGGAACUGGGGAGAGUAUGGGAGCUGGUAGUGCAGAGAACUCAGGACUGGGUGCGAAACACCUCUGGGAGGCUGGCCUUACUGUUAAAAAAGAUAAUCUCCUGCACCUCAGCCCAUCAGCACUGGAGAGUGAGGCUUGAGAUGGUGAACUUCUCAGACCACCUCCUGGCCAACUGUAGCUCCUCCCUGGGUGAGUGUGUGGGCCCCCUCCUGGAGGCUCUGGUGGGGGCUGUGAACGAUGAGGAGCCCACUGUGAGGGAGAGGUGUGAGGCUGCCCUGAGGGAGGUGGCAGAGAGGCAUCAGAGCUCAGAUAGUAACAACCAGGCCUUUACUGACGUGCUGUCAGAGAACCUCCACUCCCUGGCCACCUCGCUGCCGCGCCUCAUGAGGACGUCUGAUGACCAGCGUAAGGUGUUUGUCCUCAACGUGUUCCUGGGCUACCUCAAAAUCCUGGGCCCCAAGGUGAUAGUGGUACUCAACUCAGCGGCCCACCUCCAGCGGGUGUCCAAGGCCCUGAUGCAGGUGUUGGAGUUAGACGUGAUGGACGUACGCAUCGUGGAGGAGAGGAGCUCUGCCGUAACUGUGGAGACGGGGCCCGGACCACAUGGGGCACAUGCUCAGAGGAAGCACUUCCUCUACUUCACAGACGAAAGAAUCUUCUCCCUGCUCAAGGAGAUCUGCAGGGUGUUAGGUUACUAUGGGAACGUCUAUCUCCUAGUAGAUCACUUCAUGGAUCUGUACAAGGAGUCGUCAGUCUACAGGAAGCAAGCUGCAAUGGUGCUGAAUGAGGUGAUCACAGGAGCAGCAGGCAUCGGUGUGGCAGGAGGCCAGGAGAGGCAGGGAGUGCCCAGUCAGGAGGACCUGAAAGCAGUAGUAGAAUCCAUCAUAGAGGAGUACAUCUGCCUGAGCCACUGGCACCUGCCAACCCUUAUUGGUGAGGAGUCAGACAGAGGGGAACAGGAGCAGCAAACUCAGUUUAGUUUCUUCUCCAUAUCUAAUGGGGUUGAAGGGAAAGGGAAUCCCCUCCAGUUGGUCCACAAGAGCUCCACCAUCCACGAGCUGAACAGCAACAUCUGGCAGAUCUGCAUCCAGUUGGAGGGGAUAGGCUGCUUCGCCCAGGCCUUGGGGAUGGACUUCCGUCUCAUUCUGAUGACAUCACUGUACCCGGUUCUGGAGAAGGCCGGGGAUGAAACCCUGAUGGUCAGCCAGGCAGCGCUGGAUGCCAUGUGGGACAUCAGCCAGGCCUGUGGAUACGCCUCCCUGAAGGAGCUGAUCAAUGAGAACUCAGAUUACCUGCUGAACGACGUGUCUUUGAACCUCCAGAGGCUGGGUGUCCACCCCCAUGCCCCCAGGGUCCUCACCGUCAUGUUCAGUCACUCCGACCCCAGCCUGCUGCCUCUGGUGGGGGACAUAGUCCAGGACGUGCUGCUGGCUCUGGACAUGAGCUACGACGAGACAUCCCCUCUGUUCUGCACUGUACUGCACUCACUUAUGAAGGCUCUAGCGAGGUGGUUCCCCUCUAGUGUUGCGGGAACAAGUGACGCUUUGGGAACCAAGAAGGUGUGGCGUGAGCAGGACCAGCUGAAUGUGCGCCAGUUUCUCCUGGACUACCACAAACAGAAGGAGCUGGCAGUGGGCAUCGGGGCAGAGGAGGAGGGCACCGAGCACCCAGAGCUCCCGCCAAGCAUGGACUGUGAAGAGGAUAUGGAUGGUCCUGAUGUGAAAGUUGAGCUUCCAGCCCACAUCACCAUAGCUAAAGACGUCAUGGAGCGCUGCAUUCACCUGCUCUCAGACCCCAGCCUGAGACUCAGACUCAAGGUCCUGGAUGUGUUGGAACUGUGUGUGUGUGUGCUAAGUCAGAAGGAGAAUGAGCUACUGCCCAUGGCCCACCGCUGCUGGCCUGCCCUGCUGCUCAGACUUACUGCUGAUGACCCAUUAGCUGUCCUCCGAGCCUUCAGGGUUCUGUGCACAUUGGGGGAAACCUGCAGAGAUUUCCUGAGGAAGAGGGUGUCAAAAGAGGUGAUCCCCAAGCUGACUGCCUGGCUGUCCAAACAGGCGCCAGUGAGUGCCAGGGCUGGCCCAGUCUACAGCCACACCCUGGCCUACAAGUUACAGCUGGCUGUGCUGCAGGGCCUGGGGGCUCUCUGCCUUCAUCUGGACCUAGGGGACUCAGAUAUGGAUGCUGUAACUGAAUCCUGCCUGCCCUACCUCAGCUGCAGACAGCCACCCAAACUGCAAGAGGCCUGUCUGAGUGUCUUCCUCCGCCUAAUAGAAGUGGAUCCUGAUGCCUUCUGGUUGACUCUGAACGAGCUGUACUGUCCCUGCUCCUACAARCCGCCCCACCCUGACCUGCAGCCUGUGGAGCUAAGUGGGAUGGGCCUCCCGAGGAAUGAAUACACAGAUAAUGUCUUGAAACUCCUGGAGGACUUUGGCUUGCCUGAGGACACACAGCCAGCAGGGAUCCAGAUCCAGUGAGCUGCGCUGAUGAACAGUACCCCAGUCAUCCACCCGUCUGUCCCCAAGCAGAGAAAGGAACACUACACUGACGACAGCCUCAGGAGAGCAUAGCUUGUCCUAGUCUUCCCCCAACCUCUUUUCAGGGACUCUGCCUUGCAGACUUCAUCCUAUAGUUUAACAGUGACUUUGAAACACCAAAAUGUUAAGUGCUGAUUCUGUUCUGUUGUGUUGGUUAAGGCUGUACAUAUUCCAAUGUGCUGCCAAGGGAUGGACAAACGACCAGUAUUUUGAAUGUAAAGGAAAAAAAGUAUUAGUAAUUAAUAGUCCUCUUUUUAAUAAACAAUUACUGUUUUUUUUAUUAUAACAGAAAUGCAUUUUUCCUGACCUCUUCGUUGUAACUGCUUAGCCUUUCACACAAGUAGCUGUAG